UUUUUUCCCCCAUAGUUAUGCAAUGGUGCAGCCCGGUCGCAGGUUGGGCACCAUAUUUGGACAAGACGAGGCGGAGGAGACCUUCGUUACUUCCGGUUCUGCGCCCCCUUCCUUUCUCCGGGCCCCUCCUACCGCCAGCCCCUGGGGCUCGGCGGGACUACCCGCCUGACCGAAAACCCGGCUGCUUAGCCCCGCCUUCCAUCCCCGGCAGUUGCCUCGGGUACACCCGAGGCAUAUACCCCUCACCCCACCUGCAGUGGGCUAGCUGCCGGCCAGCAAACCCUCCCCGGCAAGCCACUGUGGGCUCGUCCUUGCGUUUCUCCGCCCCCGCGUCAACUGCAGGGGGCCCGCUCAUAGUCAGUUCCGGGUGGUUGAUCCACCAACCGGAACUCCCCGCCCCCUCUCGCGGCCCGGGGGCCGUAGAUGGUCGGAGUGUGGAAGCAGAGGGGGCGGGGGCCGCGUUAGGGGGUCCCAAGAGGACGGGGACGCUGAAGGCGGGGCAUUGGGCGACCCAAGGGUGGGACCAACCAUUGAGCAGUCCCACUUCUUCUGUGCCAGGCACUGAACUGGGCUCUUGACGAGCAUCAUCUCUUAAUCCUCAGAACAUCCCGGGGAGCUCCACAGUAUCCAGUGUCCUGUGUCCUGGGCCAUGAGUGAGCUGAAGGACUGCCCCUUGCAGUUCCACGACUUCAAGUCUGUGGACCACCUGAAAGUUUGUCCACGUUACACGGCGGUGCUGGCCCGCUCUGAGGAUGACGGCAUCGGCAUCGAGGAGCUGGACACUCUUCAGCUGGAGCUUGAGACCCUGCUUUCCUCUGCCAGUCGGCGCCUGCGAGUGUUGGAGGCUGAAACCCAGAUCCUCACUGACUGGCAGGAUAAGAAAGGUGACCGACGAUUCCUGAAGCUGGGUCGAGACCAUGAGCUUGGAGCUCCCCCCAAACAUGGGAAGCCCAAGAAGCAAAAAUUGGAAGGGAAGGCAGGACAUGGACCGGGCCCUGGCCCUGGGCGACCCAAAUCCAAAAAUCUUCAGCCCAAGAUCCAGGAAUAUGAAUUCACUGAUGACCCAAUUGAUGUGCCGCGGAUCCCCAAGAAUGAUGCCCCCAACAGGUUCUGGGCUUCAGUGGAGCCCUACUGUGCUGAUAUCACCAGUGAGGAGGUGCGCACACUAGAGGAGCUACUGAAACCCCCAGAAGAUGAGGCUGAACAUUACAAGAUCCCGCCCUUGGGAAAGCACUACUCCCAGCGCUGGGCACAGGAGGACCUGCUAGAGGAGCAGAAGGAUGGAGCCCGGGCAGCAGCUGUGGCAGACAAAAAGAAAGGCCUCAUGGGGCCACUGACCGAACUGGACACUAAAGAUGUGGAUGCCCUGCUGAAGAAAUCCGAGGCCCAGCACGAGCAGCCGGAAGAUGGGUGCCCGUUUGGUGCCCUGACUCAGCGCCUCCUACAGGCCUUGGUGGAGGAAAAUAUUAUUUCCCCUAUGGAGGACUCUCCUAUUCCCGACAUCUCUGGGAAAGAAUCAGGGGCUGAUGGGGCAAGCACUUCUCCUCGAAACCAGAACAAGCCCUUCAGUGUGCCACAUACCAAGUCCUUGGAGAGCCGCAUCAAGGAGGAGCUGAUCGCCCAGGGCCUGCUGGAGUCUGAGGACCGCCCUGCAGAGGACUCAGAGGACGAGGUCCUUGCUGAGCUGCGCAAGCGGCAGGCUGAGCUGAAGGCACUCAGUGCCCACAACCGCACCAAGAAGCACGAUCUGCUGAGGCUGGCAAAGGAGGAGGUGAGCCGGCAGGAGCUGAGGCAGCGGGUCCGCAUGGCAGACAACGAGGUCAUGGAUGCCUUCCGCAAGAUCAUGGCUGCCCGGCAAAAGAAGCGGACGCCCACCAAGAAGGAGAAAGACCAGGCCUGGAAGACUCUGAAGGAGCGGGAGAGCAUCCUAAAGCUGCUGGAUGGGUAGCCCUCACCCCUGCCUCAGACUGUCUUCCCCUGGCCUGAGGAAGGAUGGGGCGGGAGGCCUACUUCCUUCUUUGGGCUGCUGGAAGCCUCAGCCUGUGGCUGACUGUCAAAUGUCAUACGGCAACAGUCUCUAGAGGGCUGUGGCCUUUCACCGAAGUCUUUUGGCCUAGCUUUGUACAGCAAGGAUACCAGAGGCCCUGUUGGGCUGACCUGGGGCCCAGUCUCUGCUUGGUCCCCAAGAUGAGGGAGACAGCAUUUCUGGGCUUUCCUCUUUCCCUCUUUACCAUCAUCCACUCCCCUACACCUACCCCUCACUCCCUCAAGGACUUCUCCUUUGUGGUUUUGUAAAGUGCAAAUUUAAAGAGUAAAGUGACUGCUGUGGUUUUUUAAAAAGCA